AUGUUCACGACGCUUGGCCUAUUUGCAGGGGUGGCUUGUCCACAAGGAGAGCACUGCACUCUUUUGACUUGCAUGUUCUUCCACACUCGCAGUGCCCCUAGUGUCAGCAAGCCCGCUUCUGGCAUCGAGACAACAACAGAAAUCGUCCACGCCCCUCAGAAGAAGCUCAAAACUCAAGAGAGCAUCUCCUCGACGGUACCAUCGAUUUUGUCCGAUAGUGUGCGUCUCAAGGAAGCAGCAAAUGCCUCAGCCUCGACAUCGUCACCAAGCCAGCGACUACUGCAGCGAACCUCGGAUCAAAGUGGCAGCCAAACUCCUGCUCCUCCUCAGGGGGCAUCAACUUCGCCAUCACGCGCAACCCCUACCCCUCAAAAGCGAGAACCGUCAAGUAUUUCAGCCACUCCUCAACCCACAUCAUCCCAGCUUCCCCCUCGCAAGGUGCGAAAGGAAAGUCUCAAUCCUCGCAUGAUGACGAAGGCUCCCGCUCCUCAUGCAACUCGGACUGCAAUUCUUACCAAACUGCAUUCCGUCAUGGUCUCGAAGAAUGAGAAGCUAGCCAAGAGCAAUGAUAGCUUAAACAAGUGCUUCGUCUUGACGAGCGAUGAGUUGGUGACGAUGGCAUUGGAUGCGGAGGAAGAAGUCGCAAAAGGCACCCCGGGCGUCUACUCCAAUGUGAUCAAGCUUCGGAUUGUGAAACUGACGAAAAUGAGCUCGGAGGAAUGGGGGAAGGAGGUCAUGGAGCAUCUCAAUACUAGGUACUACAAAGUACCUACAGUCGCCCCAACACCGGAGGCUCCAAACCGGAUCGAGACGGGUCUCACUCCCAAGCAAGAGAUCGCUCUGGUUCAAAGACUGAUCACUCCCUUGAAUGGUCUCGAGGAAUUUGGUUAUGUCACAAAAGCGCCUACCGUGACAGAUAUUGAGAUGGCCAAUCAGGGCGCCAUUGAUUCAAAGGGCUGGGAGAAGUGUGAGCGCUGUGAAAGUCGCUUUCAGGUUUUCCCCGGUCGUCGUGAGGACGGUGCGUUGACGACGGGUGGUCAAUGUACUUAUCAUCCCAAUCGACCUCUCGUUCCGCCUCGCAAGAAGACGGACAAUUACACGGGUUCUUCAGAUCCCUAUUUCCCUUGUUGCGGUGAAUCUAUCGGGGCAUCAGUUGGCUGCACUAAAGGUGCACACCACGUGUUCAAAAUCUCAGAGCCCAAACGCCUUGCCUCUAUUCUUCAGUUUGAAAUGACCCCUCGACAAUCGGACAAAGGCGUCCUGGAGCCAGUAUCCUUCGACUGCGAGAUGGGCUACACAACACAGGGUCUGGAGUUGAUUCGUCUCACUGCUGUCAGCUGGCCUGAAGGCCGUGAGCUUCUCGAUAUUCUCGUCAAGCCGAUUGGCGAGGUUUUGGAUCUCAACUCGCGAUUCUCGGGUGUAUACCCCGAGCACUUUGCUAACGCCGUACCUUACGGCACCCUUGAUUCCAUCUCGAAGUCUGCUCCUCAAUCGGGUCAAGGAGAACAACAAAAGAAGCCGAUGCAGGUAGUCGAGUCGCCCGCCGCAGCUCGGGAACUACUCUUCCAGUUCCUUCAGCCUGAAACCCCCUUAAUCGGUCAUGCUAUCGACAACGACCUCAAUGUCUGUCGAAUCAUUCAUCCAACCAUCAUCGACACGGUCAUCUUGUAUCCGGCACCAAGGGGCGGUCUACCCAAUCGCAUGAGCCUCAAGACCCUCUCUCGCAAAUUCCUAUCGCGUGAAAUUCAGACCGGUGGCGCCAAGGGCCAUGAUUCCAAAGAGGACUCCAUUGCGACAGGCGACCUGGUGCGUGCCCAGGUCCGCGACUCGUGGAAGAAUUACAAACACCAUGGUUGGCGUUUUGAGGGGGAUGAGAUGGUGUCGCCACCCAAUCAGGAGAAUUACUACGUCAACAGGCAGGGACUAUACGUCCCCGGAGAGGGACCGCACGGUCCUAUCCGUCCCAUGGGACGGCACAUUGAAUCUGGAGGCGCUGGGCAGAAGAGGAAGCAACCGGCUCCAGCUGAUAGCGCUGCAUAG